CAGCCUAUGAUGUGCUUUUCCGUCGACUUUUCCUUUUUUUUUUUUUUUUUUUUUUUUUUUUUUUCUCUCUUUAACGUAGAGGGCCCGCGGCGGGGAUGGAAUCCGGGGUCUCCACGGCAGGCUUGGGUCAAAUCCUCAAACAUCCCUCGAGUCGCCUGAUUCAAGGUCGACUACUUAAAGAGCCCAGAUGGCUGCUCCCACAAAGGCAACAACAAAAUUACAAGCACUGCUCGCGCAAACAUUCUUUCAACCAUGUCGGGUGAUGCUAAACCUAUCGAGGAAGAGAGAGUGGAGGCUGUUGUGGAGGAUGGCACUGUUGCGAAGCAGCAGUCUGUACUUGACCUGGUGAGAGAGGUUCAAGAGGCUCAACCAAAGGCCUUCUCCUUCGCCAUGUUCCGGCUUCUCGCUGUGCUGCUCGUGGGGUAUUUCUGCAUCAUCCUCCAGGGGUUCGAUGGUUCCUUGAUGGGGGCUAUCAAUGCGAUGCCGCAGUAUCAACAGUUUUUCGGCUUAAAAGCCGCAGGUUCCUCAACCGGCCUCGUCUUCGUCAUUUUCAACAUCGGCGCAAUUGCCGCCCUCCCCUUUACCGGGCCCGUCAACGACAUCUGGGGCCGCCGUUGGGCCAUGUUCACCGGUGCCUGCGGGGUCAUCAUCGGCACCUGCAUCCAAGCUCCUGCAAUCAACCGCGGAAUGUUCCUCGGUGGCCGGUUUCUCGUUGGCUUCGGCCAGGGAUUCCUCAACGUCUCCGGAAUCACAUACGUCACGGAAAUGUCCCAUCCAUACUGGCGAGGCCCGCUGGGGAGCUUCCUCGAAACAAACUACUUUCUAGGAAGCAUCAUCGCCUCGUGGGUCACAUACGGCACUGCCUACCUGGCCGGCACAGUCUCCUUUCGUCUCCCGAUCUGGCUCCAGCUAGUCAGCUCGGGGUAUAUUGUGCUUGCCGUAUUCUUCAGCCCCGAGUCGCCCCGCUGGCUGGUUGCUCACAAUCGACACGAGGAGGCACAAGCGAUCCUCGCCAAGUACCACGGCGAGGGCUCCGCGACGAACCCCUUUGUCCGCCUGCAGAUGGCCGAGAUGCGUGCGCAGAUCUCCCCCGACAGCCUGAAUACCAAGUGGUGGGACUACCGCGCCCUCUUCAUGGCGCGCCCCGCUCGCCGCCGCCUCCUGUGCGUCGUCGCCUUUGCCUGGUUCGGGCAGUACUCGGGAAACGCCCUGGUGAGCUACUACUUCCCCGUCGUCGUGUCGCAGGCUGGAAUCACCGAUCCGCAUAUGCAACUGCUGCUAAAUGCACUCAAUCCCGUCUUCUCCUGGAUCUCCGCCAUGGCCGGUGCCAUGUUGAGCGAUUCAUGGGGUCGGCGCCCGCUGCUUCUCGCAGGGUUCUCCGGAUGCGCAAUGUGCCUUGCUGUCGUGACGGGCCUGACCAAGGCCUCUAGUGUCGAUGGGAACAGGACGGCGGGCCAUGCGGGGAUUGCAUUCAUCUACCUGUUCAGCAUGUGCUUCUCGUUAUGCAUCACGCCACUGCAGACAUUCUACAUCUCCGAGUGUCUGGAUCUGGAAACUCGAGCCAAGGGCGGCGCAGCGGGCCAAAUCGUUGCUUCGAUUGCUGGCAUCGUCGGGCAGUAUACCACUGGUGUGGCGAUCGACCAUAUUGGGUACUACUACUAUCUUGUCUUUGUGUUUUGGGAUUGCUUUGAGGCUUUGGUUGUGUAUCUGUUCUUUCCGGAAACCAAGGGUCGAACCCUCGAGGAGAUCAACGAGAUCUUCGAGGACCCGAAGCCCGUCAAGAAGUCCCUGCAGCUGCAGUCCUCGGAGAAUGUCUUACAGACCGUCCUGGACGCGCGUCAUUGAUGGAAAAUACGCCCUGGACAGGUCACUCUGGUUGCUGCCUUUAUCCGUCUCGGUACAUGCGCAUCCACAUAUGAAGCCCGUCCCCAUCACGCCUAUGUCGAGCAGGCAUCAACUAUGAGUGGAGUAGACACCUGCACCUAGUCUAUCGAAGAACUGAAUCCAAGCCCUGAAGCAUUAUUUUGAUGCAACAAGCCCUCUACAGCGGUGAAGAUUUAUAGAAUAAAGACAUGGUCAUAAUAGUAGCAGCGACUUGCUCACUUUGCUGAGCGUGCGCAACUGUCCAGAUUACAGGCAGAGUUAAUGCGGUCUUCGCGUCGAGGUUCCUUGCCCAUUCUGUACCGCUG